GUAAACAUCAGAAGUUCGCAUUAUUACUCAAGUUGGCAGUCUGAGACUUUUUAUUAACUUGAAAACAAGUUCAAUUAAAUAUGCAUGGGAGACUCAAAGUAAAAUCUACAGCUGAGCAAUUGGAAGCUAAGAAAAAAGAAAGAGAAAAGAAGUUGCAAUUAUAUAAUGGUGCAAUAACAAAAAUAUUUGAAAAGAAAAAAAAUAAGGAACUGGAUGAAGAGCUACUUUUACUAACUGGUGAGGUUCUAGUUGUGAAUCCAGAUUUUUAUACACUUUGGAAUUAUAGAAAAGAAACAUUUUUAGAGUUCCAAAAAACAAAGUCCAAUGAGGAGCUGCAGAAAAUAUUUUCAUCUGAGCUUCAGUUUUUAGAAACUUGCUUGAAAAUCAAUCCAAAAUCUUAUGGCUCUUGGCAUCAGCGAUGUUUUGUGAUGGACAACAUGCCAGACCCUGACUGGAAUAGAGAACUUGAACUCUGUAACCAGUUCCUCCAGUAUGAUGAGAGAAAUUUUCACUGCUGGGAUUAUCGUAGAUUUGUUGUCAAAAGAUCCAAUGUUUCACCAGAAGCUGAAUUUGAAUUUUCUAUGAGCAAAAUAAGUAAUAAUUUUUCAAACUACUCAUCUUGGCAUUACAGAAGUAAACUGUUACCAAUCCUCUUCCCUGAUCCUUCACAGCCUAUGGGUGUGAGUGAAGAAGCCUUACUUAAAGAAUAUGAGCUUGUCCAGAACGGAUUUUUUACAGAUCCUGAUGAUCAGAGCAACUGGUUUUAUCACCGUUGGUUGAUGGGCAGAGGUGAACAGAAACAGGCGGUGAACUAUUUUAUGAUGUCAAGGUCUGAGAAAAGGGUUCUUGUGUCAUUUGUUAAACAUGUACAGGUUGGGAAGAAAGAACAUAUUUUGCUGGAAUGUAACGAGUCAAAUUUAGAAAACCUUUCUUGGCACAACCAGGAGGGAAACAAUAUGUUCUCUACCAUGUGGAUAUCCUUUCAUUAUCACAUAGCUGAAAAUGUUACUCUCCCAGAGAAGACAGAUUGCUGUAUAAAGCUGACUUUAUUUGACUGUGAUUCUGCUGUCUGCUCAUCUUCCCUUCAACUCAAACAGAAUGACUGCACUAAUCAAAUAUUAAGUUUAAAUAGCUCGGAAACAAGUAGAUUUAGUCAGGAGCUGAGUGCUGUGAAAGCUGAGACUCUGCAACAAGAAUUAGAGUCAGUACGCCAAUUGAUGGAGCUGGAAACAGACAAUAAAUGGGCACUGUUGACAAGUGUCUUGUUAAUGAAGUCUCUGGACCCUGUCAAGUACAAUGAUGAGAUCAUGAACCAAACAGACAGACUGCAAACUCUUGAUCCAAAAAGGAUGAACUAUUAUAAGGAUUUGAGGAGCAAGUUUGCUGUGGAGAGAUGUAUUGAUUCACUGGCUCCAGACUCAUCGGCCACCAUAAUCCUGAACAACCAAAAGCUAACAAAGUUUUACCACACAGAACUGCUGCCUUUUGUUUCCACUCUGGACCUUUCCAACAACAGUUUGAGGGAUUUAAAAAACUUCAGCUUCUUACAGGGCUUGACCUGCUUGGACCUUUCCAGCAACUGCAUUGACAGCUGUGUAGGCCUGCAAAGUCUGAGCAAACUAGAGAAGCUGAUUCUUAGAAAUAACUGUAUCCUUUUUAACAAAUGCUUUUUGUUUGUUUUUGAUACCCACCCACCCCCAUUACCAAUGGUCAGAGUUCUUAACCAACUGUCAGAUAUCUCAACAGCUGAGAGCCUCCAGCAACUGAAGACCUGCCUGGGUCUAACAUUUUUAGAUUUAUCUGGCAACCCUGUCUGUGACAGCGAUCUCAGUAUAGAAGGGAUCAGAGAAAUGCUACCUUCUGUUGUUAUUACUUUUAAGGAAAUACCAUAAUCCAUUUGUUGGCUAACUAGUAAAGGAGAUAUACUAAAUUUUUGUCUCAGCUGAACAAAGUAUGGCUGUGUCAUAGAUUGUAUGCUGAAAACUUAUCAUACAUACACAAUUGGUUUUGUAUAAAAUAAAUUUUUAUCACAUGUCUAUGCAUAUUUCAAAGAAUUUUCUUUGCAUUUCAAAUUAUGUUUCUAUUGUUAUUUUGUAUGUGAGCUUGAGACCCUAAGUUACAAAUUACAUGCAUGCAGUAAUCAAUUAAAAGUUCAAUUAGUAAACAAACUUGACCAAUACAAAAUAAAUAUUGAGAAUUAAACUAUGAAAUAUUACAACUGCUCAUAUAUAUAUAUAUAUUUAUAGUUGAGCUUAAAUGAGUAAUCAAUUGUAUGU